AUGUCAAACAACGUUGUCAAAUUCCUUGAAAAGUUCACGCCUUGUGACGUUAGCGAUGCCCUCGUCAAGUUCGGGCAUCCAACCGGUGGGUUCAUACCGAAUUUAAAGCGUUUCUCAAAGAAUGCUCAGGGCUCCAGUGCCGUUGGUAAGGCCUACACAGUUCUAUACGCACCAAAGAGCGAUCCAAGACCUGAAGUCAAGGACAAGUAUAUCGAUAUCCUUCCAAAGGAUUCAAUCGUCGUGAUUGCCCUGUCAAAGGAACUACAGAGUGCCCAUGCGCCAUACGUCAAGUUGAACAAUGCCGUUUACGGUGGAUUGAUGAGUACACGAGCCCAGUACCUUGGAGCUAAGGGGUCGGUGAUCUUUGCAAGAAUCAGAGACGUUGACGAGCACAGAGACUUGGGCUAUCCAGUGUUUGCGUAUGGAUUGGGCACAGCAGCACCAGGACCAGUGGUGAAAGUUGUCGGUAUUAAUGUCCCAGUUGAGGUCACUGUUGGUGAAGGACAAUACGAAACGAUCAACCCUGAGGAUAUCCUCAUAGCAGAUGAAAACGGUGUUGUCAAAGUGCCAAAGGACGAGCAAUUGAUUGAGAAGAUCACGGAGUAUAUUCCAAAGAGAGUUGAAGCUGACCAACUCGUUGCAGAGGACAUCAAAAGAGGCGAAGAAGCUGCAAAGGCACAGAAGCUACGCAGAGCAAACUUGUAG